GGGGCAGGGAGCGGGAGACAGAAACAGCCCCACAAUCUCUCAUUUAUUUUCUUUGUUAUUUCUUUACGUGGGAUAAAAAAAAAAAAAAAAAAAAGCUAGAAGAGUAUCAGCAGCAGCUGGAGGAGAGAACAUCAGACCCUGAGACACCCAGCCAGAGCCCGGCAGCCUGCGAGAGGCAGCCCGGGGGGAGGACUGCUGGAAGAGACGGACAGGUAGUAGUGAGAGACAUACCCCGACAGCAGCAGCAGCAGCAGCAGCAGCAGCAGCACAGGGAGUGAUGAUGAUGAGAGAGACAGACACGGAGAUCACCCAGCAGCAGCCAGGGAGUAAAUCAGAGAGCUGAUGGAGAGAGGACAGGGGGGCACCCGAUGAGCUGAUAGGGGGCUGGUCUGGAGCAUAUUAGGAGUAUAGGGGCUUGGCUCCUCCAUUCCUGGCUGUGGCCAGUGCUAUUUAUCUGCCUCAUUCUCCCCACGCUGAGUGUGAUGGAUGUCAGGAUCGCUGCUCUCAUACAGUCGCAUAACACAAGUGGCCACUGAAGAGCCAGAGUGGCUAGCAGCCUAGCAGGUGCAGCCAGCAUCAUUCCACAGCAGCACCCAGCCUGCCUGCAGCGAGCCCGGGCCACCUGAGGAUAGGAAGCGAGCGCUAGCCCCGGGGGCAUCUGACAGGUGGCCAUGCAGAGACCCCAUGUGGCUAUAGUGUGGGCAAGCACCAGCUACUGACCGCUGGCCACCAGUAACCCUGCACUGGCCAGUGCUGCCGGGGAGCACCUGGGAGCCGCCGCCAGGCCACAGGGCUAGCCUAUAGGAAGCCAGUCUCCGAUGCUGCGGCUAGCGGGAAUGCAGGAUGGAUAACAGCUUGGAGGGACAUCAGUAAUCCCGGGCUUGGGAAGCAUCCAGCAGCGGCAUCUAAUACGGGAAGCAUAUGGGAGAGGAAGCCCACUGACCUAUGGCAAGGCCCACCGCAUACAAACAUGGCAAAUCACGCAGGAUUGUGUACCCUGAGACGGCUGGCCCCUGGUACCCGCCUGUGAGGGGCUACAGCCGGGGGUCUCGGUGAGCAGCGUACCGGGGCAGAACUGGUAUAUUCCCCAUUAGGCUAUUACACACUGGGCCGGCGACCUAUUGCGCCGCAUAUACAUCAUCACAGCGCCGCCGCACCGGACAGGUGGACAUUGCCCCCAGUACAGGAGGCUGGCUCACACACCGCGCUGCCCGGACUGCCGCCGAUCUCCGGACGAGGGGCCAGCAGCAGCAGUAUUAUUACAGCCUUCUACAGUGGCGAAAAAACGCAGGAGGCGGGGCCUGCCUGUUAGGCUCCUCCCCUGUGGGAUCAUGUCCACGGCAGGUGGUCUGCUAGGGGAGAAUCGGUGACCAGUCUUUACCCUCCAACCUCCAAAAAUUUAAACAUCUGGAAAAACACAGUAUAAUAAGAGAUCUCCGGUUGGUGAGGUGAUGUUACAGAGGAGCCCUCAGUGACAGGGUUGUGCCAAGCGGUAUGGCGGGGGCCUGGCUGGUUCUGUGGGGUCUCUGUUCAGCCGCUAUACUGUUAACUUCAUCUACUCAAGGCCUGAGUCGGACGGCUCUUCCAUUUGGUUUGAUGCGUCGCGAGUUAGCCUGUGAAGGAUACCCAAUCGAGUUGAGGUGCCCGGGCAGUGACGUUAUCAUGGUGGAAAACGCAAACUAUGGACGGACGGAUGACAAAAUCUGCGAUGCUGACCCCUUUCAAAUGGAGAAUGUACAGUGCUAUUUGCCUGACGCUUUCAAGAUAAUGUCGCAGAGAUGUAACAAUCGUACACAGUGUGUUGUCAUUGCCGACUCCGAAGCCUUUCCUGACCCGUGUCCAGGGACCUACAAAUACCUGGAAGUUCAGUAUGACUGCGUACCAUACAAAGUGGAGCAAAAAGUUUUCGUCUGCCCGGGAAUGCUGCAGGAGAUUCUAGAACCCACUUCCACCCAUGAGUCUGAGCACCAGUCAGGAGCGUGGUGUCGAGAUCCCCUACAGGCUGGCGAGCGCCUCUAUGUUAUGCCAUGGAUUCCCUACCGUACAGACACAUUAACAGAGUAUGCGUCGUGGGAGGACUAUGCUGCUGCCCGUCAUACCACUACGUACCGACUACCAAGUCGUGUGGAUGGAACAGGUUUUGUGGUAUAUGAUGGAGCUGCUUUUUAUAAUAAAGAACGUACACGUAACAUUGUUAAAUAUGACCUUAGGACACGGAUCAAGAGUGGAGAAGCCAUCAUAUCCACAGCAAACUAUCAUGAUACCUCGCCCUACAGGUGGGGUGGCAAGACUGAUAUAGACUUGGCUGUGGAUGAGAAUGGGUUGUGGGUUAUCUAUGCGACAGAAGGAAAUAGUGGGAGGCUGGUGGUCACCCAGCUCAAUCCAUAUACUCUUCGCUUUGAAGGCACAUGGGAGACCACUUAUGAUAAGCGCUCAGCAUCAAAUGCCUUUAUGGCAUGUGGGGUCCUUUAUGUGUUGAAAUCAGUGUAUGCGGAUGAUGAUAAUGAGUCAGCAGGCAACCGGCUGGAGUAUGCCUUUAACACCCAUCGCAACAGGGAGGAGCCAUUGGGAACAAAUGGAGCCAGUGGACUGGAUUUUCCCAACCCUUACCAAUAUGUUUCAUCAGUGGACUACAACCCUAGGGAUGGACAGCUGUAUGUCUGGAACAACUAUUUUCUGGUGCGCUAUGCCUUGAGAUUUGGCCCUCCUGAUCCAGCAGAAGGUCCAGUUACUCCCACGCCACCAGUGGUCACAGUCACCCUGCCUCCCCCACCAGUGACUGUCACCACUCUGCCAUCUGCCACCACAACUGUUCGCCGCCCUCCCCUCACAACGCAUCCUGUAGGGGCUAUAAACCAAGUGGGGCAUGAUCCUCCUACCCCUGGUACCCGCCGUCCUCCCCCCUCCAACCAGCAUUCACACCCAGAGAUAUUCUGUCCUGCACGUGAGGAACGAAGAGUCCAGUGGCCGGCUACCCAGCAAGGCAUGCGAGUAGAGAGACCCUGCCCAAAGGGCACACGUGGCAUUGCAUCUUUUCUCUGUUUACCCACGCUGGCCGUAUGGAAUCCUCGUGGCCCAGAUCUAAGUAAUUGCACCUCUCCUUGGGUCAAUCAGGUAGCACAGAAGAUUAAAAGUGGAGAAAAUGCCGCUAACAUUGCAGGGGAGCUAGCCCAUCACACCCAUGGACAGAUAUACGCUGGGGAUGUCACUUCCACUGUGCGUCUUCUGGAGCAGCUGGUGGAUAUUCUAGAUGCACAGUUACAAGCGCUUAGACCAAUCGAGAGAGAGAGCGCAGGAAAGAAUUACAACAGGAUGCACAAGAGGGACAGGACCUGCAAAGACUAUAUCAAGGCGGUGGUGGAGACAGUGGAUAACCUCUUACGCCCAGAAGCCCUACCCUCCUGGAGAGACAUGAAUGUCACAGAGCAGGAACACGCUGCCACCAUGUUACUGGACAUACUGGAGGAAGGGGCCUUCCUAGUGGCCGAUAAUGUGAAGGAGCCAGCGCGCUUCCAGACAGCCAAGCCCAAUGUCGUAUUGGAGGUAUCUGUGGUGAACACUGAAGGCCCAGUAUCCGAGCUGAUCUUCCCCCAGGAUAAUCACAGCGUCAGCUCCAUCCAGCUGUCUGCCAAUUCCAUCAAGCAGAACAGUCGUAAUGGAGUUGUGAAGGUGGUCUUUAUCCUGUACAAUAACCUGGGUCUCUUUCUGUCCACGGAGAACUCCACUGUACGCUUUGGGGGAGAAAGCAGCUCCACAGGACACUCACUGGUGGUGAACUCACAGAUUAUUGCAGCCUCCAUAAAUAAAGAAUCAAGCAGAGUUUUCCUUAUGGAUCCCGUCAUAUUCACGCUGCCACAUCUACAGUCUAAGAAUCACUUCAAUGCCAACUGCACAUUCUGGAAUUAUUCUGAACGCUCCAUGUUGGGGUUUUGGUCAACACAAGGCUGCCGGUUGCUUCAUACCAACAAGACCCACACAACAUGUGCAUGCAACCACCUCACUAACUUUGCUGUGUUAAUGGCACAUAGAGACAUGUAUCAAGGUCGUAUAAAUGAAUUGCUGCUCUCAGUCAUCACAUGGGUGGGAAUUGUCAUCUCUCUGGUGUGUCUCGGAAUCUGUAUAUCCACCUUCUGCUUCCUGAGAGGUCUCCAGACUGACAGAAACACCAUUCAUAAGAAUCUUUGUGUCAGUCUGUUUCUUGCCGAGCUUCUCUUCCUCACCGGUAUCGACAAAACACAGUACCAGGUGGUAUGUCCUAUCUUGGCUGGUCUUCUGCACUUCUUCAGCCUAUCUGCCUUCUCCUGGCUGUGUCUGGAGGGUGUCCAGCUUUAUCUUAUGCUGGUGGAAGUGUUUGAAACUGAACACUCGCGCCGAAAAUACUACUACCUCUGUGGCUAUGUCUUUCCUGCUCUUGUGGUGGGAAUAUCUGCAGCUGUGGAUUACAGGAGCUAUGGCACGGAUAAAGCUUGCUGGCUGCGAGUUGAUAAUUAUUUCAUCUGGAGUUUUAUUGGCCCGGUAUCCCUUGUUAUUGUGGUGAACCUGCUUAUUCUCCUGGUCACUCUCCACAAGAUGCUCCGUUCCUCCUCCGUUCUGAAACCAGACUCCAGCCGCUUGGAGAACAUAAAGUCCUGGGCCCUGGGAGCAGUUACCCUCCUCUUCCUCCUUGGCCUCACUUGGGCCUUCGGUCUCUUGUUCUUCAAUAAAGAGUCCCUGGUCCUAGCGUAUCUCUUUACUACCUUUAACGCUCUGCAGGGCCUGUUCAUAUUCAUCUUCCACUGUGCUCUCCAGAAGAAGGUACAUAAGGAAUACAGCAAAUGUCUGAGACACUCAUACUGUUGCGUGAGAGGCCCUGGAGCGGAACAUGGAACCUUAAAAUCUACUGUCAACAGCCGAUAUUACACCCAGAGCCGGAUCCGCAGGAUGUGGAAUGAUACAGUCAGAAAACAGACAGAAUCAUCCUUCAUCGCAGGAGACCUCAACAGCACACCAACUCUUAAUAGGGGUACCAUGGGUAACCACUUGCUGACGAAUCCUGUACUGCAGAGCCGUGUUGGCACCAGCCCAUAUAACACUCUUAUUACCGAGUCUGUGGGUUUCAGUCCUUCUUCCCCAGGAUACAACGCCACUGGAAGUUUCAGAGAUCCCAAACAUACCUUAAGCCGAGAUCCAUGUGGCAAGGACCCACUCCCACCUCUUCCACUGAACGGUAACUUCAAUAACAGCUAUUCUCUCAGAGCUGGAGAUUUCCCCCCUGACCCUUCCAAGCUGGGAGAAGGUGGGGGGCGGCGCAACAUUGCGGAUGCCGCAGCCUUUGAAAAGAUGAUAAUUUCAGAGCUUGUGCAUAGCAACCUGCGUGGCAAAUCACACGCAGGGAACACAGACACGGGAGAUGAGGAAGUGACGUCAGGGGCCAUUGCAGAAGGUGGAGAGGUUCCUACACUGGAGAUGGAGCGCAUGUACAAAGCAUUGGAGGAGCCACUUCUCUUACAGAGAGCUCAGUCUAUCCUGUACCAGAGUGAUCUGGAGGAGUCUGAAGCCGAGGCAGCCCCCCGUGACUCACCCAAUCGUGACUCACUCUACACAAGCAUGACCAACCUCAGAGACUCUCCUUACCCAGACAGCAGCCCCGAACCGUGCCUGCCAUCAUCUGGGGAAAUGCUGCCGUGCCACCAAGGUUUACCCCCACCUACGGGGGCAGAUGCCAUGUACUUCCCUGGCCGGCUGGGUUCAGUGCCCAGAGGGCAGUUGCAAGCUUUCUACCAGAUGCCACAGGGGUUUCUGGGUCUGGAAGGGUCAGUGCCCGAGGGCGACGGGCAGAUGCAGCUCAUCACCAGCCUCUGAACUUACUCGCCCACCCCUGUCGCCAACCCCAUUAUUCCCCUGCAAAAAGAAAAAAAGUUACUGCCUUCCCUCUCCAUUUCAAAAGAAAGCAGGGCCAGAUGGGAGGAAGGGGUAUCUAUAUAGGGGCAGAUACUGCCUGGGGUAAUGGACAACUGGUUUUGAAGGCAGGUAAAAUAUUGGACUUCCUCUUGAUUGCUAGUGUCUAUUUACAAUCUGUGUACAUUGUUUGGGGUACCACUGGCAGGUAGGGGUUUGGGUGCCAAAAAUAUACUUCUUGAAACAGAACAAUCUACCCCCGGAACAUCUAGAAGAUCCAGGUUUGGUGCUGAUAUUUACAGUAUUGUUACAAAGCCAACAUAAACACAGAAUGAGAAGAGACAGACAGGGGUAGUGAUUACACUAUAAUAGUUGUGGGCCACCCUUUAGAAAUACCAGCUGUCAUCAAAUGAUGCAAGCAAUGAGACUCCCUGAUACGGGAUUACCCGCAAGUGCUGUAUAAGUGGUGCCAAACAGCCUCUGGGUCCUGCUGAGCAAUGAGAAAAUAGACGUCAGCAGUUGCCUAAAUUUGUGAAAUUUGCAUUUGGAUUUUUGUAAGGUCACAGGUUAUAAAUCUCACUCCCAUAAAAAAAAAAAAAAAAGUGGCAGACAAUGGAAAUUGAACCAAUGUGAAAAAGUUUAUUACUUUUUCAGAAAGUGCUGCCUUCCGUUCACCACUGAACUUCUUCCUUGGGCCGCCUUCUCUUCACACCCAAACCCCUCUGCCUGCCCCAAAGACAGGAUAAGAGACUUUUUUAUCAAUUCAGACAAGACAAGUAUGUGAUUCUCAUAAGACAAGGAAGAGGAACGUACCAGGGAGAUAGUAAUGGCUAUGGGGAAGAUGGCAACACAAUUUAACAAUGAUAUGUGAAAAUGAACUUACAGCUGCCCUGCAUACUCUUUCUUUAAGCACAAAACACCCCCUGCCUCUUUUACUGAGGACAAUUGGAACUCUUAUAAUGGGGGAAGCGAGUGUCCUUUCCGACUACUGUAAAUAACGAACUUCUAAACGGGGGAAGGGAGAGAUGAGGGGAGACGCCUACACCCUUCCCUAAACAAAUAUCAGAGGUGCGGAAAUGGUCAGUAGGGGGCAUUUUUUAUUUGUGUGUUUACCUUUUGCAAUGUUUCUUUAUUUAGUACGGGCACUUUGCCGUACUAUCUGUCCAUUUUACCACAGGAUCAUGGGUGAUCCUCUUCGCCAGUCCCAAAGAUUCCACCUUGUGUCUCCAGCUACCUUGCAGUUUCUUUUUAUGUUUUAUGUUUGGUUUUUUUACCAUCUUUGUCUUAAUUUAUUUUACAUUUGCAUGUAGAGAUCCAUAAUUGUGUGGGCUCCUCAUAUUUGAUUAUCUACCUGUCUGAAAAGAAAACAAACAUUAGCACUCAGUGAUGAUUGAAAAGUCAUCAAGACUUUAUAUAACAAAGUAUAAAAGAUGUGUACUGGUAGGCUGUAAGGUCUGGGGAUGAUACAAGAACAAAAUGGGUGGUAACACGAAAUUCUGGCACUAGAACAAAAGUAAAGGAGAAGUAAUCCUGUAGAAUCUGUUAAACAAAAACAUAGAUGUACCGGCCCUUUGCUGCUAUACGUAGGCCAUGAAGUACAGGGAACAGUGCAAUAAGGCAUUACAUUUGAGGGUGCAUUGUAACAAUCAUUUUACCUGCCCCUGUGGUGCCUCAAUCUGAAGUGAAGGUUGAUGUUGGCCACUUUGUUCUCACUACAGGUUUUGCUGGGCGUUUGGUUACAUUCCUGUGGUUGCUGCACACAGCUAAAGCCAAAACAUAUAUACAAUCAUAUAUUUGCGUUAUGUUUGCUCUAUACAGAUCUAAAUAAAUAGAUUUAUGAAGUGUAGAAGUUGCCAUAUUAAAGAGUCUAGGUACAGAGGUGGAGGCUGGAACAUUGCAAGGUGCAGACUCUGUGAGUUUUUGUCUUUCUAGCAGUGAUAAUAAUGGUGUUGCGUCUCCAGACGUAAUGUUGUUCGGUUUUCUCCAGUGCUAGAACUCCGUGUCGUAUGGCAUAGUUGCUUUUCUUGCACACAACUGGACAUCUUUCACACAAGGUUCACACAACAAAACUCCUGCUUAAUGCCUUCAGACCCAAUUAAGGGACUAAUUAGCAUUUUGGCACGUUCACCGGGAAAACUCUGUGUUAUAGGUGGGCAGCACUACAUCAUGUGUUCUUACUACUCUGCUAAUCCGCACUAUAAAGCCUGUUUCCAGUCAGGCCACAAAUCUCUUUCACAUUGAGCUGUAAUCGUGAAGUCACUUCGAGAAGCUUCUGUGCAAUGCAGCUGGGAAGCCGUUGUGCUGCACUGCCACACAGUGACAAGAAGUGUCCUGCACAUAUAUUUUCUGUAAUGUUUAGACAGAGACACAAUUCCACUGACUGCCAAGAUGGCUUAAGAAAAACCUAUUUGCAUGUCGCCCCAGGCACAAUACAGCACUUAUAUAGACUAUUUUUGUCAAUUAUUUCAAAGGCUCUAUGAAUAUAAAGAUGUUAUUUAUGAAAAGCCCUUUGUGAAAUGGGUUUAAAUGACCACUAUAGAUACUAAUGUAAAAACCUCAAACACGGAAGGGAAAAAGUUAAAUGGACCAUUAAGAUGAACACCUCGACAGAGGUAGACACCUGACCCCUCACAGGGGAUCAUUGUAAUGGAGGGACCUUCUAAUGUAUAGAUGUUUAGGUUCAAGGAACUUUCUUUUGCCGCAUUAGAGAGAGACGGCAUUGUAUCAAAGAACAGAUAGGAACACAUCUGUGGCACAUUAAUUACGUUCCGUACACACGUAUGUCAUCACUUUCUGCUGUGUCGCUGUCUUUUGCUGCCAAACCCCACCUACCCACCCCCUGAGUCUGACAUGAGAAAAAGGGUUAAAUACCUCUCCGCCACUCCUCCUCUCUCUCCCUCCUUCAUUUUCUUUUUCAUAUGCCAAAACCAGAAAUGGGUCGAACGCCAUUCUACAAGCGAACAAAACUAAAAAAAAAAAAAAAAAAAAGAGUACGAAAGACUGAACAUGAUAUCGUACAUAGAAAAAAAUCUACAAAAAAAAAGGCUGAAAAAAAAUUAUGAUGAAAAAUAAAGUUAAAAAAAAAAUGAAUAUCGCAACUUGUGGAGUGAAAGAAACACACCAAUAAAACAUUUUGAUUUCUG